ACUGUCUUAUUCUAACUGAGCGAGUUUCACAACUUUAUCUCAAACACGACGUAUCCCAAGAAUUGCAGCGUCUUGCUUUUUGUUAAUUUGCUUUGCUGGCUCCACUGUUGCCUCCCCUUUUGUCACCGACGAUCUCCAAUUGGAAAAGAGACUUGCUAUAAACUUAGCACUGACAAGUACCCCCUGUCCACUUUCACAUCUGUUAGUGAUUUGGCAGCUGCCUAGCGGGAGGAGGAAGUAGAAAUAUUUGAGUUCUAACACGAAGAAGGAGAAUUUCAGCUCAAAAGGGCUGACUGAAAAUGGGGCUGUUAAAGGCAUUUAUCUCCAUCUGCCUGUUGUCAUACGCUGCCAGCAGCCCGGCAGAGAUUUCCUUCGGGGAGAUAAGUUCUUUCAAGGAAUGGAUGAUAACGCACAAAAAAAACUAUGGCCCAGAAGAGUACGAUCACAGACUACAGAUUUUCAUCCAAAACAAGAGAAAGAUUGAUGUUCACAACAGUGGUCGACACUCUUUUCAAAUGGGACUCAACCAGUUUUCUGAUUUGACCUUCAAUGAAUUUAAGUCGCUGUAUUUGAUGCAAAAACCACAGAACUGCUCAGCCACAAAAGGGAACCAUUACAGCAGUGCAGAGAUAUUGCCCGAGAAUGUAGACUGGAGGAAAAGAGGAAAUUACGUCACUCCUGUGAAGAAUCAGGGUAGCUGUGGCAGCUGCUGGACCUUUUCCAGUACUGGAUGUUUGGAAUCUGUAAUUGCUAUAAAAUCAGGAAAACUUGUCUCACUGGCACAACAACAACUUGUGGACUGUGCUCAGAACUUUAAAAAUCAUGGAUGUGCUGGGGGACUGCCAAGUCAAGCCUUUGAAUAUAUUAAGUACAACAAUGGACUGGAAAGAGAACAAGAUUAUCCUUAUGAAGGAAAGGAUGGACCUUGUAGAUUCCAGCGGAGCAAAGCUGUUGCAUUUGUCAAGGAUAUAGUCAAUAUCACUGAAUAUGAUGAAGCUGGAAUGGUGGAUGCUGUGGCAAGACUGAACCCAGUCAGUUUUGCUUUUGAAGUGACUGAUGACUUUUUAUUUUACACAAAAGGUGUUUAUUCCAAUCCAAACUGCAGUUCUACACCGGACAAAGUGAAUCAUGCUGUGCUGGCUGUGGGCUAUGGAGUGUCCAAUGGGACCAAGUACUGGAUUGUGAAGAAUUCCUGGGGCACUUCCUGGGGAAUUGAUGGAUAUUUCUACAUUGAACGAGGAAAGAACAUGUGUGGCUUGGCAGCAUGUGCUUCCUACCCCAUCCCCUUGCUUUGAGGUGUCAGGGUUGCUGAGGUGGAAUGGAAUCCUCUUUGGAUGAGUUGUUACUAAAUAGCUUGGCUGAAGUGAUACAAGGGGAAAUAUUUACAGUGUUGAAUACUGCUGAAGAAUAUCUAUUUUCCAAACUGCUUCUUUCACAAAAUUACACUGAGAUUUUUUAAUGAUACUUAGCAUAUUUUUUGUUUCUUGAAUCGUAAAAUGAUUCCUAAUGACCAGUUUUAAAAGCUCACUACAUUAAAUGCAGUCAAAUUUAUGUAAAAUUUCAACUAGAAGCAAAUGUACAGUUUAUGAAAAGGAUCGCUUGUGGCAAAUGAAUGAUUUUUAAAAAAAAGCAAAGUGCUGACUGGAUUUCUGAAUGAGUGAUUAAAAAUCUAUGGCAGAUAUUCAAAUUGGUAAUUUUAGCUAGAGUCUGAUCUUAAAAUAUUUCUGUCAAUGAGCUUUACACAUCUAUCAGAGUUCAGUGUCAAAACUUUAAUAAAAAGCUGAGCCUUAAUUUAAAAAUAACUCAAUGCUGCAAAUCUGAAACAAUGCAAAAUAUAUUUAAAAUACAGAGAAAUCUCACCAAUGUCAAAAAGGGGCAAAGACAGCUAAAGUUCCAGAUUCAAACCCAACUGGAAAAAAGAAGGCAACACGUCUCUGUCUCUGACGAUAAUCUUAAUUUUAAAGAAUUUAAAUUCUAAUUAACACAUUCGCUGUCCAUGCUCCCCGAGUAGGGACAAUGCCACAAAAGAGAGACAGGUAGUCAGUGAAGACCAUUCUCUAUGGGGCCACAUCUAACCAGCACCCGUGGAUGAGCGUCUUGGCCAGGUUAAAGUUUUGGCAUUUUAUCAGGUUCCAAUGCUUGGGUUUUCUGAAACUGCUGCUUUUAUUUUAGUGCCAAUAAAUGCAGUGGACCAACUUGGCAUAAUCUAAUCUCAAUACGAAUUGUAUACUCCUCAACCAAUGCAUUUCGCUCCAUGUGAUAUUAAGAAACAGCUGAAGGCGUAGAAUAUUGCAAACCCUAUGAGCCGGCACAACAGUACAGUAAUAAGACUAAAGACUUGUACUACAGAUCUAGCCAUGCCCCACCCAUAAGACAUAGGAGCAGAAAUUAGGCCAUUCAGCUGUGGCUGAGAAGUUUCUCAACACCAUUUUCUCCCUAUAACCUUUGAUCCACUUGACGAUCAAGAACCUAUCGAUCUUUGUCGUAAAUGUACUCAAUGACCUGGCCUCCACAGCCUCACAUCAUCAUUCUGGACUUUUUCACUGUUUCAUGCUAAUCUAUAUUCCUUUUUAUACUGUAACAACACUUUUGUUUUACUCUAAGAUAUGUACCUAGGUAACCGUAUCUAAGUUGGUGCCAUUAAAGCCAGCCAUUGUAAAAACGUUUCACUGGAGUACAUGUGAUAAUAAAGGACAUUCUAUUCUAUAUUCUAUUUUAUUCUAUCAAUGAAUUCCAUAGACUCACCAUUCUCUGGCUGACGAAGUUUCUCCUUGUCCCUAUUUUAAAGGGUCUUCCCUUUACUCUAAAGCUGCACCCUUGGGUUCUACACUCUACUGCUAAUGGAAAUGUCUUCCCAUCAUCCACUUUGUCCAGGCCAUUCAGUAUUCUGUAAGUUUCAAUUAGAUCCCCUUCAUCCUUCUAAAUUCCAACAGUAUAGGCCCAGAGUCCUCAAACGUUCCUCAUGUGUUAAGUCUUUCAUGCCCGGGAUUAUUCUUGUGAACCUCCUCUGGACCGACUGCAGGGCCAGUACGUCCUUCCUAAGGUAUGAUGCCCACAGUUGCUCACAAUACUCUAAAUGUGGUCUGACCAGAGCCUUUUAAAGUCUCAGAGGAAAAACCCUGCUUUGCUAUUCUAGUCCACUCAAAAUAAUUGCCAACAUUGUAUUUGCCUUUCUAACUACUGACUCAACCUGCAAGUUUACUUUAAGAGAAUGCUGGACUAGGACUCCCAAGUCCCUUUGCACUUCAGAUUUCUGAAUUUUCUCCCCAUUCUGAAAAAUUUAUGUAUUUGUUCUUCCAACUAAAGUGCAUGACCUCACACAUUCCCACGCUGAUCCAGUACAGCCACAGCUCAGGCAUUUACCUGGCAACGUGGAAUGCAUAUGUCUUGUACAAAAAAAGCAGGACAGAUCAAAUCCAGCCACAUACCACUCUUGAGUCUAUUCCCAAUCAAGAGCAAAGUGAUGAAAGGGGCCAUUGAUGGUGCUAUCAAGUGGAAUUUGUUCAGCGAUAACUUGCAUUCAGACACCCCGAUCUAGUUCUACCAAGAUCACUAUGGCUUUGUUACAAACAUGUCCAAAAGGGCUGAACUCCAAAGGUAAGGUGAGUGGAGACAGAAAGGACUGCAGAUGUUGGGAGCUAGAGUCAAAAAACGUGGAGUUGGAAAAGUACAACAGGUCAGACAACAUCCAAGGAGCAGCAAAUUCAAUGUUUAGGGUUGUAACUCUUCUUUGAGACAGGUGACAAUAACUGCUCCUGUCAUUAAGGCAUCAUCUGUCUGAGUGUGGCAUCAAGGAACUCUAAUAAAACCCAAGUCAAUGAGAUUCCGGGGGGAGAAAUUCUUUCCAUCGGUUGGAGUUGCACCUAGCAGAAAGGAAGAUAGUUGAGUUUGUUGAAGGUUAAUCAUCUCAAUUAAAGGGCAUCACUGCAGGAAUUCCUCAGAAGUAUUCGAGGUCCAACCAUCUUCAGCUGAUUCAUCAACAACUUUCAGUCUGUCAUUAAGUCAGAAGUUAAGAAUAGUUAUAGAUGAUAGCACAAUGUUCAGUAUCAUUUGGACACUGAAACAGAUUGUGUUCGUAUACAGCAAGACUUGCACAAUAUCCAGUUUGGGCUGAUAAAUAGCAAUUAACAUUAUCCAACAAUUGAGAAUGGAACCAUCACCCCCUGAUGUUUAAUGGCAGUUCAAUCUUUGAAUCCACCACAAUCAACAUCAUAGAGGUUACUAAUAAUUGUACUGGACUAGCCAAAAAAUAUGAAGGUGACAACAACUGAUGAGAGUCAAGGAAUUAUGUGUCAUGUUGCUCACUUUGACUCCCCAAGCCCUUUUUCAUCGAGAAGGUACAGGCCAGGAAUGUCAUUGAAUUCUUUCAAAUGGGCACUGCUGUGACAACACUCAAGAAGCUUGGCAGUAUCCAGAACAAAACAACCAUUUCUUCACUGUGGCUGGAUGUCCCUGGCUAAAGCACUGUGAGUGUGCUAUGCCCCAAGGACUAUAACAGUCCAAGAAGGCAGUUCACCAUCAGCUUUCCCAGGCAAUUAGGCCGCAUCAAUAAAUCUUGAUUAGCUUAGGGCUACUCAUGUGCCAUGAAUGAUUUUGUUUUCUAAAUGGUGAAAAAUCACUUUGAGAAGAUUCUUGCUUUGUGUUGCAAUGUAAGUGAGGCUGGCAGGCUUACACUUGCUGCACUUGAAACCAAAAUUAAUUUCACCCUUUGAUGGAGACUGGAUCCUUUUACAUCUGAUAAAUGUUGGUUAUGUUAGUGACAUUAGUUGAAUAACUGUAGGCUUGAAACUUAAAGCCAGUGGUGCUUUCUCACAAAUACUUAGGAUCAUAUGAAAAAAGUAGAGGCCAUUCAGCCUCAAACCUGGCCUAUUAUUUAAUUCAAUCAUGACUAAUCAAUAUUUUAACUUUAUUUUACUUAGCAUACCUAACAAAAGUCCAUCAAACUUAGUUUUGAAAUUUUCAGUUGACCUCCGGUCUCACCAGCUUUUUGGGUGAAAGAAUUCCAGAUUUCUAACCUUGCUUAGUGAUUGAACUCCUCUCAGUACGCUCAUCGCACAAGCUGAAUUUCAAUUAAUAUGUUGAGUAUUUGCAACAGGAAUGGUAUGGAACAUAAUUUCUGUUCUUGCAUAUCAUUUUUAUUUGGUUGUCUGUUAACCUUUAUGCAACUGAAAUAAAGUUUCUAUCCUUUUGCCAUCAAGCA